CGUGUCUUGUCCCUUUCUCGCGCGAGGGCGAGCGGUUUCACUAACGAGCAAACUCUCUGUCCAACCAAACCACCAAUCCACGUGCUGCUGCUGAUGUAUAGAAAUCUUUCUCGCCGAACUGCUUCGUUUUUUUUAAUCACCACCCCCACUAUUUGACUGACUUAAUGAUGAAGCCAUUUUUGCCCUUGUCCGAAAAAACGAGGAUGGAGAUGGAGGGGAUUUAUCCAUUUUUUACUACCACCCAAAACGAGCUCUUGACCGCGGUAUUUCUCAUGCCCGAAUUUAUCGACGACAAGAAACAACAAAUCUUCCAGGUCCUACGCACCAUCGAAUCGCGUGUGUCUGCAGAACUGGGGAAAUUAAGGUCCAAGCCGAAACGGGCUACUAAAUUUUGUAUGUGCAUGAAGAGACUCAUCCUAAAGCUGAAAACAGCGUUGGACUCGCUUCCGGACUAUGAGCAGUUACAGGCUUAUCCAACAUUAUCCCUAAUUUGUACUUAUUUCAUUGACACGAUCCUCUCCUCGUCGCUAGCGGAUCAAAGCUUACCAAAGUUCGUUUCUUCUAAUUUGUCCAGCUUCUUGAAAACUCUUUUCAAUCACGACUUGGAGUAUGUCUUGGAUGUCCUUGUGUGUUCUAAUGUUUUUGAGGAUUCCGAGUCAAAGAAGGGUGUUGGAUAUUACAUGCUCACCGAGUCAAUCAUGGACGGUCACUUGUAUACACACGAUAUAUCUUCAUUUGCAAAGUACCUCGCUAUUCUGUCCUUUAUUAACGAGAACACGGAUGAUCAUACCGGGAUUGUGAAAAAUACAUUGCAAGAGUUGAAUUCGUCCAAGAGCGCGACCUUACCUCGACCAAACGAUAUGCGUGCUCAUCUUAAAGAAAAGUACAACAUUAGUUUGGGUAAGAGGGUGACUUGGAUGGAAAUCAUGACAGGCAUAAAGCAAAGGAAAAUUUCAAAUGUGACACGAAGGCAACGCCUAAUCGUGGUCUCAGGAAAGCCGCAUAAUGGUGACCAGAAAAAGAAAAAACGCGAUAUGGCAGAUGAAAUAAACGAAGACCUGCGUGUUGCGCCUAAUAAGUCUACUUUGAAUGAUGGCAACGAGACUUCCACCUCAAUGUUCUUUAUCGAUCGUGGCGAACAAGGUGAUGGAGAUGAUUACCAAGUGUCAUCCACAAUAGUCGACUCUGCUCAAUACGACCAAGAAGAACGACUGAGCCAAAAACCUUCCACCUCAUCACAAAUGACUAACAAGUACUCCACAUCACCAAUGAAAUCCAGUGGGUACAGUCUACUCCCAGCGUGGAAUGAUAUGGAUGAAGGUGACAAAGUUAUACAACCCCCACUACUAUCUCUUUCUCUCAACCAAAGUCCAACAUCAAAUCGCCAUAAAAGUUUAAACGUGGGGAAUAAUAAGGAAACAUACGAAAAUGGACUUCCCAUACUUUCGCCGCGAGCAGAUUUUAUAGAUACCAAUGAGACUAGUAGCAGUAAAAGUACUCCCACCAGGUCGGCACGUACAACAUCUCCAAGAAAAAUUUGUGCUGUUACUACAUUUCCAGCUCAGGUCGACUCAGAUUCGGAAUCGGAUCUAGAAGUAGUGUUUGAAGCUACUGCCCCUCCGAAAAAGAAAUCAAUUGGUCCAAGCUCUACCUCAAAAAGUGGUCAGUCGUUGAAAGAUGUAGAGAACGACAGUGAUGACAACGACGAGUCCGAUGGUUCAGACGAGUCGCGAGAUUUCGCUCCUAGCGAAUCCGGUGAGGAUGAAAUUCCACAUUAUUCUCCUACGGAUUUUGGACACCGUUACGAGGAUGAUCCGGUGAUGUUGGACAAUGAAGAGAAUCACCACUCGGAAGAAGAAGAAGACACGACAAAUAACCUUCCGGUUGGUUCCAAUGAUGAUGCACUAGAAAGUCUAGAGGUGCAAUCCACCACCAGCACAGUUUCUUUAAAAGUUAAGAGUCGUGGUAAACAAAGAAAAUCCAAAGCGAUCAUCGACUCUGACUCGGAUGAUGGGGGCAUGGCGGAAUUGCAUAAUGCGACUUCCGCUACUACCAAUGAUAAUAAUGUGCAAGUUACUUCAAGCGCAUACAAAGGAAAAACUGGUGAACAAAGUCAAUUAAAAGAGUGGAAUGAAAGUAGCCCAGAAAAGAAGCAAAAAAUAUCUUUGUCCGACGGCGAAGCUGAUGAUGGUGACGCUGAAAACAAAGAUAGCAGUCAACUUGUAUCUUCCCCAACUCUUAGUCGUCGACCUGGUUCUGUGAUCAUGAUCAGUCCUUCUAGAAAAGAUGUAAAUUCCGUGUCUUCAUCGCCAACCGCAAAGGUGGAACAAAGUCCUCCCGCCCCUCGUAGAAUGCGGACGCGGUCAGGAUCUGCAGAAAAGAAUGAGGCGGAAUUAACUAGUCGCAGUACUAUCAAACGAGCAAAUAAUCUAAGUCCAUUGAAGGAAGACGAGGAAAUUGUUAUACCUCCGACCCGAGGGAGAAAGCCCAUUGUUGAUAAAGGGUCUCCAGUUAAUACAAAUGGUGGAGGAAACGCGACGAGGGGCCGGAAAAAACCUGUUGCAUCACAAAAGAAAGUUGUUCCCCUACCAGAAGUGAUAAAUGAGGAUGACACCAUUCCUCCGAAACGAACACGAAGAGGUGGGAAAGUAGGUCAAGCUGCAUCAGAGCCCUCAAGCCCUAAGAAUGCAGCUGAAACCGAAACUGCUGCUAAACGGGGACCUCAGAAGAAGCUCGCCCCACGCGUCAUAGUCACCCCAACUAGAACAACUCGGUCUACCCUCAAUCGGACUCGAGGAGUGAAGAAGACGACGACGGCAUGAAAGAAUUAUGAAAAUUAGUAAUUGAUUUUCUAAUGCAAAAUGCAACUCAAGGUGCUCCGACUGGCAAAUAUUCACCAAAAUAUUCAUUAAAAUUGUUACUUAUUCAAUACACUAUUAUUUAUUGUAAAUAGUAGACACUUAUUGGGGUUCUAAUUUUUGUAUGUACCGACGGACACAUCUUGAAAAACCUACACGAUAUAUAUGAAUUAUGAAUCACCUAUUUAUGAGAUCUGCUUGACAUAAUGUAACUUUACUAUGCACGAGAAUUUUUUAGAGUUGCGUACAAAAGAGUACAGAUACUCUGGAUAUAUGAAAUAGAGCUAAUAGGGUGAUUCAUGAAAAUAAAUAGUAGUUAUUUAUCAUCAU